AUGGAUGAGAAAACAGAUUUCAAUACAAUUGCUAUUUUCCAGAACCUUAUUCCUGAAGAAGCUGAAAAUCUUAACUGUAAAUAUAUGAGUAAUGAUGACUGGGAUAAUCUUUGCAAAAAGAAGUUCAUAGAACGUUUUAGCCCACCUGAACCUCAGAAACAUUUUUUACCUAAAAAUAAUUUUGAAAAAUCUGUAGCAGAAGACUUGCAUAAAUCUUAUUCAGCAAAUCAUUGGAAGGUUAUAAGGGAACUCUUUCAAGUAUUAGGCUUUACUGGCAUUGAUGACAGGUGUAUUCUUUCUGGUGAUACUGCAUCAGAAUCAUUGACAUGA